GGUGGGUGCAAGUUAUUUGCAAAAAAAGGUAGUUGCCUGAUCCCUGCCGGCACGCUUUCCGCAUUCAGACAGCUGUUGUGAUUGUCGCUGUGCAGCGUGGGAUAGCGGAGGUGUAGGUGCAACCAAGCGCGAGAGAAAUGGAUGUGUUUCUGAUGAUCAGGCGUCACAAGACGACCAUCUUCACUGACGCAAAAGAGUCCACCACUGUCUAUGAACUGAAGCGCAUUGUUGAGGGGAUCUUAAAGAAGGCACCAGAGGAACAAAGACUUUAUAAGGAUGACAUGUUGCUUGAGGAUAGCAAGACUCUUGGAGACUGUGGAUUUACAAACCAGACAGCCAGACCUCAGGCCCCAGCAACAGUUGGACUAGCUUUCCGCCUCAGUGAUGAUGCUUUUGAACAGCUGAGGGUUGAGCCCUUUUCCAGCCCCCCUGAGCUCCCUGACGUCAUGAAGCCCCAGGACUCUGGCAGCACAGCCAAUGAGCAGGCCGUACAGUGAGGGGAAGGGGGCAACCAAUAAGAGAGGGACAGGGAUUUGGGAAGGGGUGAAAUCCAGGAAGUCGUGCUUUGGUGGGCAUAUUUACUGACUAAGUGGUGUUACAUGCAGAUAUACUUGUGAGAUCUUCAUUUUCUGCAGGAAAAACCCCCCUUGUUCACGAAGAGGGGAACGUUCUAAAACUUGUUGCCACAUUUCUCCUCAGCUAAGCUCACGCACGUUUAAAUCAGCUCUCAAUAUCCUUUAUCAAAGAUUUCUUACUGAUUUGUUACACACCACUGUCUGUAAAAAAAAAAAAAAAAAAAAGGAUUCGUUGAGAAGAUGAGAAUCGGAUCUCUUAUUUAAUUUCAAUAUUUUUUUUGUGAGGAAAGGGGGUGGGUGAUUGGCAUUAUGCAAAAGUAGUUGUUUGCUUGUUUUUGGGGGGAUGGAGGUUUUGGGGUGCGUGUGCAUUUCAUUUUUAGAAAUCCCUGUUGCUGAACGCAAAUGUUAGUUUUUCUAUUGAGUAUUAAUAUUGAUUUAGCAUUUAAAAUUUACUUUUGGAUGGUUGCAUUUGAUGCAACAGCAGGGUUUGUGUGUUUGUAUGUUAAUAGCUUAUCUAGAGAACAUGUGCAUGAAAUAGGUCUCCAAUAAUAAAAAAUAAAUAAAAAAGAAUAACCUGUUAAUGGCAGAUUGUAAUGUAAAGUGUAGUGGAAAACACGCAAGAUUUACAAUUGGUAUCAUUUGUAGUUAUGGUGUGAAGGUAUUUAGUUUUCCACUGUUUUUUUACCUUUGCACUGGAGUUUGUCUGUUGUUUUCAUUUGAGUCCUUGUCUUGUUUGUACAUCCAUUUGAGUAAUACGCUUAUUUUCCCCCCUAAAAUGAUAUUCUUUUGUGUUCAAAAACCCAAUCUCAAGUCUCCAGUUGAGGUCUAUACUAAAAGGUAUGUUUUUUUAAGUAGCGAAGAUUUGGUAUAAUCCUGGAGUCCAGGACAAGACUUGAUCUCUCAGUCUAAUGAAACACAGAAGAUAUUGUAAAAGAGCAGGAAUCUACUUAAAUUUGAAAAGGUGUCAAUCAUAAAGACACGUUGAGAUGGUGUACCAUUAAGCCCUUUUUAAUGUGGGACUUUAUAAAGUUCCUGUAUAAAACUUGAAUUAAUAUUAAAAAAUGUCUCUUUCAA